AUGUCGCUUAGCUUUCUCAACAGCACCAUGCGCGCUGCCGUCAUGACGGGGCCGUAUCAAGUUCAUAUUGAUCAGUUCCCAGUACCACGCAUCAUCAAUACGACUGGCGCAGUAGCUCGGUUCACAACUUCGGCGCUUUGUGGUUCAGACCUGAACCGUUAUCAUGGCUAUAUAGGAGGGGAGCCACCGUGUGCGCUGCGCCACGAAGCUAUGGGAUAUAUUGAGUUCAUUGGUAGUGGUGCAUCAUAUUUAGAGGUGGGACAAUAUGUCAUCAUUCCAGAUGAUGGCGCUACUGGACACAUCGAUAUUGGAGUUGCGACUGAACCUCGCAUGGGCCUAGCCUUCGGAGGUCUAAACGGAGGUCUCCAAGGUUUACCGUUCGCCGACAUGGCUCUUAUCCCCGUCCCCUUGACCGCCGAGACCACCAACACCAGCAUCGAACAAGACUACCUGACCCCUUACGACACUGUUGCUGUAUUUGGCGCUGGUCCCGUGGGCCUGCUUGCUGCGUACUCCGCCAUACUUCGCGGGGCAUCUCGGGUGUACAGCAUAGACCAUGUCCCCAUGAGACUUGAGAAGGCCGCAUCCAUCGGAGCCGUGCCCAUCAACUCCAUGGACAGUGAUCCCGUACAGCAGAUUCUCGCAUACGAGCCCGGCGGUGUCAUCCGAGCCGUCGACGCCGUCAGUAUGGAAGCCAUCACUGCCAACGGUACAAUGCAGCAAAACAUCGUGCUGAAUCAGAUGGUCGAACUCGUCGCUGCAGGGGGCGAAAUUGGCCAGAUUGGAAUCUACCUGGCCCAAACAAACGCUGGUUUGGCUCCGAAUGCAGAGAGAAUCACGCCGGAAGCCUCGUUUCCCCUCACCCAGUUCUUUUCGAAGGGUAUCAGAUACGAAGGUGGUAUCACAGAUCCCGAGACUGUUGCUGGGGAGCUCGUCACCUUGAUUUUCAGAGGUAUGGCGAAACCAGGCUUCGUGGCUAGCGCAUCUAUCGGCAUUGAGGAAGUCCCUACGUACUAUGGGCGGUUGAGCAAUCAACAGGAGCUCAAGGUAUUCAUCAAGUUCCCUUGA